AUGGGCGCUAGGAGUGCUGUCAACCUUGACCUCAAAGCUCCUGUCUCUACCGAAGAUCUGGAUUUGCUAAAGUCACUUGUCGGAAGCUGUCGCAAAUUGGGCAUGUUCUCUUAUACAAACAUGCUUGCAAAGUAUAAGGAUGCCGACCUGCCCUCAUUUGUCUGGGUAGGAAUUGAAGAGGUCAAACGAUUUGUUAUAGCACUUUAUAAGCUCUGUAUCAGGCUGAGCAGUGCCGGCUUGGAAGACAGGUCGUUGCUACAUGCGGGCGAACUUCAAUUCCCUCUACCAGUCAAUGAUCUCCUCUGGCAUUCAACUGAACGUCAUGAAUGGGAAGUUUAUGCGCAAGAUGAGAAUACCGUUUCUCUAUCCGAGCUCUUUCACGAAAAGUGGAUUUCAAACUUUGCGGAUGUAUUACAAUUCGUUCAACUAUAA